AUGAAGUCACAAGUCGUCGCUCACCCCUACCCGGACUACUAUCCACCUGCUACGUCACCAUCGCAAUCGAAUCGCUUCACCAACAAGCUUGGCGGCGUUGCUUGUGAAAAUGAGAUUUGCAGCACGAUCGGUGUCGACAUUCUCCGCGCUGGCGGUAAUGCAGCUGAUGCUAUGGUGGCAACGGUUUUCUGUGUCGGGACAACCAGCAUGUACCACUCUGACUUAGGUGGAGGCGGCUUUAUGCUCAUUCACAAGCCUACUCGCAAGCAGGAUGUCUCGCCGUACGAGUUCGUCGACUUUCGUGAGACGGCGCCGGCUGCGGCCACCGAAGACAUGUUCAAGGACAAUGUCAAUGCCAGCAUCUACGGGGGCCAGGCCAGCGGCGUCCCUGGAGAGUUACGAGGCUUGGAGCAUCUGCACAAGAAGUACGGCCGCUUGCCAUGGGCAAAGCUGGUACAACCCUCCAUCAACGUGGCUCGCUAUGGAUUUCCCGUUCACGACGACCUUGUCAAAUUCAUGAAGACAACCUAUACAAAGUUCGAGAAUGAGAGUUUUCUCGUCACAGACCCGGCCUGGUCUAUUGACUUUGCUCCUUCAGGCAGUCUGCUCAAGCUCGGCGAGAAGAUCACCCGCAAGAGAUAUGCCGAUUUCCUCGAAGCGAUUGCUAUCAGUGGCGCUGAUGUUUUCUACGAGGGUGCAUUUGCAGAUGCCAUGGUCCGGGCACUUAAGCAAAAGGGUGGUAUCAUGACAACAGAGGAUGUCAAGAACUACUCCGUCGUUGUUCGAGAACCCUCCCAGAUCAACUACCGGGGUGGCAAGAUCACCAGUGGCUCCGCUCCUUCCAGCGGGGCAGUUGUUGCGACCAUCAUGAACAUCCUCGGUGGCUAUGAUUUCAUCGGCGAUCCUACACGGGUGAAUGAAAGCACUCACCUAAUCGAUGAAGCCAUGAAAUUUGGUUAUGGCAUGCGCACCAAGCUGGGUGACCCAAGCUUCGUCAAGGGCUUGUCCCAGUACCAGACCGAGAUGCUUUCAAACGCCACCGCGGAGGAGGUCCGAUCGAAAAUCACGGGAAAGCCUUUGGGGCUUGGGGCCUACGAUCCCCAGGGCUUGGAGUCUUUGGAUACGCCUGGAACUUCACACUUGGUCGCCAUGGACAAGUCUGGUCUGGCCAUCUCUCUCACAACUACCGUCAACCUCAUCUUUGGCUCUCAGGUCAUGGUGCCAGAGACGGGCAUGGUCAUGAACAACGAGAUGAAUGACUUCAGUAUUCCCGGAGAAUCCAAUGCCUUUGGAUAUAUCCCAAGCGAGGCCAACUUCGUCCGACCUGGCAAGCGGCCUCUUUCCAGCAUCAGCACCUCCAUUGUCGAAAAUCCCGACGGCACUGUUUCUCUAGUCACUGGUUCAGCCGGUGGCAGCCGUAUCAUCACAGCGACUCUUCAGGUCAUGUUGAACGUCCUGGAGAAGAACAUGACAGCCCACGAGGCAUUGGCCGCACCACGAAUGCAUGACCAACUUGUGCCGCAACAAGUCAGAUUCGAGUACGCAUUUGACAACUCGACGAUAGCAUACAUGAAGGAGAUAGGAUGCAACAUCACUUGGGUGGCGCCGGGACAGAGCACAGCUCAGGCUUUGAGGCGGUUGGCGGACGGGUCGUUUGACGCGGCCGGAGAGCCCCGGCAGCCAAACUCUGGCGGAUAUUCCACUUAA